GACGCAUCUCCGCCUUUCCGCGUCCCUCGCGGCGGGCGUCGGGGCUCAGCGGCGCAGUCCGCUCCGAGAGUUCUGAGCCAACGGCUUCUUUGCGGGCCCCGCCGCCGCCGACCCCACUCCUCGUUGGAGAGACGAUGGUGGGCCGGAACAGCGCCAUCGCCGCCGGCGUGUGCGGGGCCCUUUUCAUCGGGUACUGCAUUUACUUCGACCGCAAGAGACGGAGUGACCCCAACUUCAAGAACAGGCUGCGGGAACGAAGAAAGAAACAGAAGCUUGCCAAGGAGAGAGCUGGACUUUCCAAGUUACCUGACCUUAAAGAUGCUGAAGCCGUUCAGAAAUUCUUCCUUGAAGAAAUACAGCUUGGUGAAGAGUUACUAGCUCAAGGUGAAUAUGAGAAGGGUGUGGACCAUCUGACAAACGCGAUUGCUGUGUGUGGACAGCCACAGCAGUUACUGCAAGUGUUGCAGCAAACUCUUCCACCACCAGUGUUCCAGAUGCUUCUGACUAAGCUCCCAACAAUUAGUCAGAGAAUUGUAAGUGCUCAGAGCUUGGCUGAAGAUGAUGUGGAAUGAGAAAUAUGUCAACAUAAUAAUCUCAAUUUUAAAAUAUUUUAAAAAUCUGAACUUGGAAGAUGAUCAGCUCUGGGGGAGUAAGGGCAAAUACGCUUGUUAUGGACUGUCCUACACUGAGAUCUACCAAAGUUAAUUUUUACUUUGUGUAGAUCCAUUUGUCUGUUUUAUUUAUUUUUCUCAGUGAAAAGUGUAUUUUGAUAGGUUUUGAUUUUAUAAAUACACUAUCAGUUACCGAGAUAUGGAUUUUGUUUAUUCCUAAAAUGUGCAGUUAGAAUGUACAUGUAUAACAUCAUAUUACUUACAUUAAAAAUACCCAAUGCUCAGUUUUGAUAGGCCAAAAAAAGUGUAGAAGAAAACUGAAGAAUGCAAUUUUUUCCUUUAAGCUAGUACAGUUUGCUGUACAUCAGAUGAUUGGAUGGAAACUUGAUUGUGUAUUAAAACUGAGCAUUAAAAUCUUUAAGAGAUUCUUUCUUUCCAUUUAAUCUCUUAAAUAUGUCUAAUGUGCUGCUGUGCUAUAGUAACUUCACUCCCACCGUUGAUUAUAUCAGUGGGCCUAAUGUGUUCCGGAUAUUUAUCUCCUUGUAAUUUAGAUAUGUGUAGUUGCAAAUAGCACCAGGAAUUAGAUCUGUGUACACCCUUAAUCUAGCUGAGUAAGCUUUGCCAGUUAAUGUCUGCCCGCAUUUAUAAAAUGAGGGAAUUGGUCUGCUGAUUCAGCUUCUAAUUCCUUUGGUUCUGUUCAGCAUUUUCAAAUCCCUUUUUCUGAGGGAUAUAUCUGUUUGGGCAACCAGCCCUUGCAUUUUUUAAUACUCUGAAUUUUGCAUGCUUGCCUGACUUAGUAUUUCUGAAUUGAUUUUUUUUAAGGUAUAACUUGUGUUGAUUUUCAGUGAAAUCAUGUUUCUGUCACUACUUUUGUAAAUUAAUCUGAAAUUUAACCUUCAAGGUAGCUGGGACAAUAUGCUUGUAAAAGUUUGUGUUCCCCUUUGCUUUUAUCGUCAGUGUACCUCCUGAAUCCCCUUCCAGCCUGAUUCACUUAUCUUGUUAUGGGAAUAAGGUAUAACUUUGUGGCUGAAGACUUGCAAAGAAUGAAGAUAAUGGGACCUUUUAUUCUCAAAAUAGUGACAUUAUCUGCAGCCACAGAUUCAGUAUCAGACCUGAGAAUAAAGAUCCUUGGUACUUAGUGGUGUUUGUUGAGCAUUUCUCGUUGUACCGGUUGCCUUUAUUCUGUCGGAAUGUAGAGAGACCUUUUCUGUGUAUUAGACAUUUUGUUUUUCUUAAAAACUUUAACUGCAGGGUUUUGUGGUGGUUGGGAUGUAGUGGGAUGAGUUUGGAGUGUGGUUCUAGUUUCUCCCUCUGGAUAGCUGCCAGCCUUGGGCAAGUCCACAUAACAUCUCAACUCCAGUAUUCUCAUCUGUAAAAUAAGAACAUCAGACUAGGUCCCUUGCACAUUAAAGGACUCUUCCUCAGGAACCUUC